AUGAGGUUCUCUUUCGACGGUGAAAGUAGCGCUGUUUUUAGAAUCUGCUAUGCGGUCUUUGAGCUCCUACUCGCCCUAGGCCUAGCAAUUCUGGUUACGUUAUAUAUCAUUCUCCAAAGAAAGAGGGGCAAUGUCCUGAACCCACUGCCUUUCAAGGCUUUAUUGGCAUCCAUGGUUUUUUACCUCGGAGCUGAGAUAUCUGUCGGCGUUUACAAUUCCAUACGUCUCGCAGGCGUUCACCUGAAGGACACUUAUCCCUCCGCAGAGCCGAUUAGCGAAGGCUUGAUGUUGAUCGCAGUCAACCUUCUGUUCUACAUAUUUUAUGCAACUAUCUACACCUUUGGACAGGAAAUUAUGGGUCAGAGUAGCUUUUGGCCUCGCUUAAACAGGUUUCAUUGGGUUCUUAUGGGAAUAUUUGUCGCUAUAAGCAUUGUUGACUUUGCCUGGUAUGUCUAUAAUAUUCUGGGCCAAAUGCAGUAUAUCCGACCCAAAUACACUCUGCAACUUGACCACUACCAGAUAUGGUCAAAAAUUAUGUCGGUCAAGUGGAUUUUAUUCUGGGUGGGAUCUUGGGAGAUCCUGGGGGCCAUGAUUUUCAUGGGCAUGCGGACUUCAUCCCAGGCACCUCAUAUGAGAAUGUCCACAUACCUUACCUUCACUGCGAGUGGAUUUUUCUUCGCUCUGAACGGACUCUGGGCUAUUUGGAGCAUUAACUCCUACCUCGCACACAUCUACCCGACACAGGUGGCAAUUGCUGCUCGCGAGGUUGUUCAAUUCUUUUUUUGUAUGGGCACUUAUCUUGGACUUGGGUUAUGCGCCUGGAGGUUUCCAGCGAAGUUAAACGACGAUUUGGAAGAUGCGCCUGUACGUACCAUGAUCAUCAGGAGAUCGGAGCGCCCAGUGGAGGCAGAUUCGCGGACCCCUCUAGCAGUGAAAGGUACAUCGGAGAUCGACAGAUCACUAUCGGUCGCAGAAGUUGCUGCAACGCGGCCCAUAUUGGAGGCAGAUUCAAAUAUCACUCACGAGAAACCUUGA